AUGGCCGAAUACAAUGCACAUUGUAAGCAGCUGUCCUCUUUCAUACUGUGGGAGACUGAAGCUCUUUUCAAAACCAAUGAUGUCGUUUUGUGCACAAUAAACGCCAUCAGCGUAGCAUUUGCCAUAUUAAUUAAUCUACUCAUUGCGAUUGUAAUGAAGAAAAAAGACUUGAUUAAGACGCCAUGUCACAUUCUGGUAUUCAGCCUUACUGCGAUUGACUUGGUUGCUGCCUUGGUACCCAAGCCUUUAUACAUUGACCUUCGAUUAGCUAUUUACCGUGAACACGUGACCUCCUGCUCGCUAAAUCGUAAGGCAAGAGUGACUGAGUCAGCGAUUAUAUUUUGUGUUGGUUGUUCUUUUCUUCACUUGGUGUGCAUUGCUCGGGAUCGCUGCAAUGCUCUUUGUCACCCUGUACGUUACAGAACGCCAGGAAAAAUGAAGGGUGAGCAUCAUAAUCAGAAGACAUGUUGAAUUCUGCAAAGAGCUGAUCGUACUGCAUGAAAAUUAACUUUGCAAGAUAUUAACGCGACACCGAAAGAUCCCAAAACAGAGCAGGGUUGUAGCCGUCGACAGCUGUUUCUCAAUUAUUGUAGCUCGUCAAGACUGCGUAACAAACAGAGAAGCUCUACUGAAAAAUAACCCACUCACUCUGAUUUAAGCUCUGACAUGGAACUCCCAACAGCCCCAGAAUCACGCCAUAUCACGUUUCUCCAGGAGGGCAAGAGUCCAAGUGUCGCGUUAAUGUCUCGCAACGAAAAUAUAUAUGGGAUGGUAGUGCGUCAAUUUUAUAGAUCCGAUAUGCUGUACAUUUCAUGGUUUGGUUGGUUUGGCCAUCCUAUAUUUUCUUUGCGAGACAUCAACGCGUCACUUGGACUCUUGCCCUCCUAUCCGGCGAUACGUAUUACGAUCAGCUUUGCAGAAUUCAAAAUGUCUACUUUGUAUACUUUUCCUGAUCAGGUCUUCUUUGAGAUCCUACUUUCCUCGGCAUAUUCGUUUGCGGUCCUUUGCAGUUCAUGUCAAUUUAUCGUAAUCAGUGCCUUUUCAAACUUCCCUUCGACAGGGUUCUAACCACGUUUGAACCACGUGACCACACUUUAUGAUCAUCAUCAUCAUCAUAAUUAUUAUCGUCGUCGUCGUCGAAAUCAUCAUUAUUAUCAUUAUCAAUCAUCAUUAUUUUUUAUGAGAUUUUCCACUUGCGCACGAGUUAGUUGACUAUAUAUUCAGUAGACGCGCAGUAAACUGAAAUUGAUAACGAAUUCGUGAGGUUAAUUAAGUUUUGACGGGGUCCACAAAAGUGAACAAAAAAAACAAAUUGAGACGAUACAUACACACACACACACAGAGGUAGACAGUCCCUAUCAAUAUUUUAAAUUCAACUUAGCUAGCCUCGUAGUAACAACCACCCUGCACCAAAGACGGAGCAAAAACGUAUGUGAGACAUUGGCGAAAUCCCUGUGUUCUUGGCACUGGGCAAACACCUGUUUAUCAGGAUUUGAGUGCACGCCAUGAUUGGCCUGUUAAAAAAAGCAUUGUCAAUUUGCCAAUCACGUUGAAGAAAAAUUCGAAACGCAUUUUCGGUAAUUUGAUGAAUCUUUUAGGUGCCCAGAACAAGGAUAUAUCGACACUGCAGCGCAGACGUUACUUGCCCGGGUUAGAUUGCGUAUGUAACGCAGGCUACGUAACAAACAAGUAGUUGACAAUACACCUGUUUACUUUGUGUGUUUUGUUUUCCCAAUUCAGACCACGUAAUGUUCUCCGGGGACUUUUCCUUUUGUCUUUUAUUAAUUAUGCAUAAAUGGGCACAUGGAAGCACGUGCAUACGACGAAAUUUGAAAAGAAAAACAGUUCUCUGGGGUACCAUCACGUAGUUUGUGGUUUAGAUCAUGUUGACAAUCCUGCUUUUAAAUGACAUUCAUAGUUUUACCGACAGUUUUACCUAUAUACGGCGGGGAGAGAGUUCUUCAAACAAACAAAUAUGCAAUUACGUACAAAGUAAAUGUUAAAUUUACUACAAUGCCAGAGCACUAGUUUUAAGUGGAAUAUCUAAUGCACAGGAAUAAUUUUUCUAAAUAAUAACAUUAAAUAAGUCGAUAAUAUAUGACUAAUAAAACACAGGCAAAGAAAAUUAUAGAGUUAUAUCAAUUUUGUCAUUUUUGUUUUUCCUAGUGACCACCUGGUUAGCCUGUGGUUGUUGGGUUACCUGGGGCAUAAUAGUUGUGCUUAUUGAGUCAGGCGUAUUCGCAGAACGGACUCAGUUGGCAAUCAGAGGUUCCAUUGCAGUGCUGUUGCUAGGCUCCCUAGCAAUAUAUCAAGUCAAAACCAUCUUGAUCGUCUUCCGUUACAAUCAUUCUGUGAUAAACGACAUCAAUUCACUGGAGGUUCAACGAUUAGUGAUGAGAGAGAAGAAAGUUUUGACGGACACGAGAAUCACCUUGGCAAUUUUUUCACUACUGUUUAUACCAACAGCUAUUCUAAGCGUUACACAGCCGUCUGGUUUGUACGCUAAUGUCGUGUUUCCCUGGUCAAUGGCAAUCACACUUCUUAACUCCUCCAUAAACCCUUUAAUUCAACUAUGGAGAAAUCGCAGGUUAUUAAGAGUUAUAACUGAAUCUUUAUUUGGAGGGCUAACGAGACCUUGA